GUCACUUUCAAAAUAGCGCUCGUGCUCUACUGACCAGCCCUGUUAUCUAACCAAGAAUUCCUCCGUACAUCACACUUCAGCAACUUGGUUUGACGGGUUUGAAAAAGUAUUCAUAAUACUCCGAACAUUUGCAAUCGAUUUGUAUAUCGGAGCUUCCCUCAACAUUACUUUCCAUCCGGCUAAGGAAAUUUCCCAACCUCUGCGUGGUAUUUUGUCGGAUUUCCUCCCAACCUUUUAGGCAGCAAAACCUACGCAAAGAACACAAUGCAGACAAAUAAACAGACAAGAAGGUCACGUGAUCCAAUUUUACUCCCGGUGCGUAAAUUCUAAGAACUCAACUAAUGACCUCGCUGACAGGAAGUUGUCUGACCACCCCGCUACAGCUCCAGUCAGCCCUGACGCCGUGAGCCAUGUCGAUUCCAACUCGGCCGCAUUGAGUCAGCGCGGAACUCAUCAGCAAUGGCGGAAAAAGCGAAAACAAGUUCGCUUCGGCUUCUUGUAGCGCUAGCUCUGGUGUUGUUACUCGUGUAUUGCGUGUCACUGAGUGCCUUGGUCGUUUAUUUGAUGCGAGAUUACAACGAGUUGAGACAUUACGUCCAAGAUUUGCGGGGUAGAGUUGUUUUAUUGGAGAAGGGAACAGUUAACGCUUCUAAGACGACUGUGCCGCCCUCAAGCACCCAGGACCAACGUGAAAACAAGGACAAAAGACCUCAGGUAAUACAACAAGUCUUAAAUAAUCGACGAUUACGUCCUACGCAAUCAGAUAUUUUAAUUCAUGUCAUCGAUAAUACUUAGUGCGCGACGAGAUGUCUCUUUCCACAAAACCAGCCUUGUUGACAACUGAUGCAAAUUUGGAACAAAAGGUCAUCCUUGAUUGCGUGUUGAAGAUAAAUCUGCAUACAUCCAUUACUCCUGAUCGUUGUCUGUCACGUUACCAAAAUAAAACCUCCCUCUGGAGUAAGAUGUCACUUUCUGUCGCCUGAUAGAAAUGAUCAUUCGAAUUCUCCACAAUUAUCAGUUAAAACGGGGUCAUCAAUUAUCUCCACGCGAAGGAAAAACGGAUAUCAUGUUGCUCAUUGUUGUCUAAUACGGAGCUUUACUUUCCUUCCGGAUUUUCAUGCCAGACAGCAUGAAGCUAAAAUUCUCGGAAAGGAAGAGACUUUCACCGCUAAUUCAUCUUUAAAUGCAAAUGUAUAGUAACACCGACAUCAUUAGUUAGCCUCCCGUGGUUGGUAUUGUGUACAAACACCGCAAAGUUGAUAUUUAAUCGCUGUUAAUGACCCCGGUCUUCAGCAAGUUCAACGAUGUUGAGCCAAUUUUAUCUUCCUGUGUCGGGUUCUUUGUCCAUUUUUCAUAUAGAAGUUUUCAAUCGUGAAAAAAAAAACUGCUGCAUUCCAACUGGAAACAUCAUAUACAACUCACUCAUUCAUUCCCAUUUCCGUUUUCUCGUUUUUCUCAGUCAUCUUUCUUUUUCUCUUCUUUCGGCUGUUAAUUUCGCAGUCAAGAGCAUUCUCCUCGCAAUUCUAUCGCAGCAACCAGUUCUUUUUUGACCCAAAGAGCAAAUCGUUAAAGCUUGCCGCACAUUCCAGGGUUAGUCUUGGUCAAAGUAGUCACUUUAGAACAUCUUAAUGAACCACAAUUUUAACGAGAUGGUUGUGUUUGACGCUACAGGUAGCUCAUGUAUCUUCUUAUCAUUAUUAGGGCUCCCGGCUGUCUGUGAUUCCACCUGGACAAACAAGAGAGUAGAUAGAUAAAUAAACAGGACAACUUCGCUUUACCUGAUAAUUUUAUAGCGUUAAUUUGUAAAGUGAAAUCACAAAUUGAUCGCCGCUACAUCAGGAACCCAAAUAUGUUGGCCGAGAUCUUAUCCUGCAUUGGUCUGUGUCGCUCUACCAGAAUACGAGAAACACGCACGCGGGGAGCCCACCCGCCUGUCAUUCUAAAUCACUUACGGCUAAUGAAGCAUGUUUAUGACGAGCUAAAGGCUCAAUAACUUCGAAUUUUUUAACUUUGUACAGAUGACUGAAAUUGUUGACAUCAAGAACGUUUUCCAUGAGAGGCGCAAAAGAAACUCUCCAAGCGCUUGUGGGAAGGUUAUGUGUCCUAGCGGACCCCCCGGCCCUCCAGGACCGUCAGGUAAGGCAUCAUCCAGGUCCAGCUUUUGUCUUUGACCGUAUUCUGGAAUAUAAAACUGGGAAUAAACGAUCCAAAAGUUCACGCAAAAACAUUUGACCGUUCUUUCGGCAUUAUUGAUCAAUUAGGAAAUCUUAAUAAGACCGAAAAAAAAAGGAAAACAAUAUUUUUACAUGGUUAUAUAGGCAAUACCAAUUGUAGUGCAUCCGUUUAAUUUUAGCUGUCAUUUACUUUUUCGACAAGGAUUCCUGCCUGGAUAUCCUAAAACUAAAACAACCACGAUGGUGAAAGAUAAUGAUUAUAAGAUAGCGUUCGGUUCAAUUCUAUGUCUACGAGGUCUUCAAUUUCUUGCCAUGAAAUUCCAACGGAUGGUCAGAUUAACUUGUCUGUCUGUGUUUCAUUAUCAGGUGCCAAGGGAAGAAGAGGAAAAAAAGGACAACAAGGUUAUUUUGUGUCUCAGGCACCGAUAAUUGUAAAUGCUAAUAUGGGGCACACUUGUAAAUGCCAAGGGAGGGGGGAUAAGGAGAGGAAUAAGUUUAAAUGCGAAGGAGGGAGGGGGGAUAAUUGUUAAUACGAAGGAGGGAUAAUCGUAUGAUUUAUAACAAAUUUGCACCACACGAAGCUCAAAAUCCAUCAACUCACGUUCAUUUUAAAAUUAAAGAAUUUCAAGCUUUUGCUCAGUGCCAACAUUUGACUGGUUCAGUCGCGAAAAUAAAGAGUGCGAAAUCAAAAAUGGCAAAAAUCUGAUUGUUCGUGUUGUUUUAGAUUUCUGUUUUCAUUGGCUAAGAAAAAGAUACGAUUGAGAGCAAAAACUGGAGCGACUUUUAAAUAAUUGUCCUUAUUGGAAGCCAAUCAGGAUUACUAGUGAUAUCCAGUUGUACGUAAUAAAAAAACCUAAUCUAUUUUCAUUUCAAUUUGAAGGUCCCAUCGGUCAAAAAGGACCAGCAGGUCCACAGGGUUCCCAGGGACCCUACGGGCCACCAGGUCCUUCAGGCGAAGUAGGUCCACCUGGGCCAAAGGGAGACCCAGGAGAAUUGGGUAAGUCACACUUCGUACAUGAUACAAGCUCAGACAUUAGGGACGGCUGUACAAGCAAAUUACAUGAGUGCAGGCUCACCCUAUUAUUUUUUGUGUGUGUGUGUCUGCAGGAGAGAGAGGACCCCCAGGACUCAUGGUAGGAAUCUUGCUCAAAUUUUUGGUUUUUUUUGUUCAAAUUAAUUCGAUUCAAAAUAUAUCUUAAAGUGAGACUCUAAAAACGUGUUUGACUUUUCUUUUGAGUUUCUCGCAACUCGUGUUUCUUUUUUUUCCUUUUUUUCCCCUUUUUCUUCUGUUUUUUUUCACAAGUUGAACUCUAACAACACCAUCAUCGGCAUGUUUUUCUCUUUUCCAGAUGCGAGAGAGUGCUCACUUGGUUGGCGACGGAAAAAGAGUACAUCAUGCUGGUUAGUUAAGUCUCGUGACCGUGGGUCAAUUUUCUCCUUGAUCUUCGCAAGCGAAAUAAAGUUUGAAACUGCUAAACGCGCUCCGCACUCAUGUAGCGAAUAAGUAUUAUUGUUGUAAUAAUCUGCUUCGUAUGGCGCAGUAUAACGUUAGUAAUUAUGCUAUACCUGGUGUGCCAUUCACUCGUUCCAGCGCGUGCGCCUCAAGCUCACCCUGCUCAGCCAGCUUCCGCGCUGGCUCAGCUAAUAAAAAAGGCCUAUGGGAGGGUCUCAAUGGGGUGAUGGCUUUUACGGCUAUCGGUUCAAAUUUUGGCCUCACAAUAACGGUUAACACCUUUCCAUUGUUUCCACCAGACAUAUUUUUACGGUUAACUUUUUUUACGACUAACGGUUAAAAUUUGUCAAUCGGAGGGCUAAAUAUAGUCAUGUUAAGCAUCGGAGGGCGUCAUCUAAAGGGGUCGAUUUCUCGUGGAUGACCCAGAUUUUCCGUUAUCCAACGCUCGUGACAAUACGAAUAAUAUUCGUUUUAUAUCAGGAACAGUUGUUAUGAGAAAUGCCAUUUUGAUAACACGCCACUACCCGGUCAGGGUUCGAAUUCGUACCUCUCGAUUUGAUGCCCUCGACGUAUUAACUCUUAGGCCACCAUGCACGUCUCUACACAAUCAAAAUUUAACUUGUGGAUUGUUUAUAAAUGUGUUGACUUUGUUGGGUAGGCACCGUUCAUCGUUGGAAGGAAGGCCACGUCAAUGGAAGUAUCUUGUACAGACGACAUGUGGGUCACCUGGUGAUCGGUCGUUCUGGAAUGUACUAUGUUUACAGCCAGAUGUAUUACUACGAUUGCACCAGCUACUCAAUGAACCACUACACUGUCCUAAAUGACCGCAAAAUCCUCGGGAGCGUCUCAAGCACAGUGAAUUGCUCGAGAAAGUACAACACCAACUUCCAGGGAGGCGUUUUUCAUCUGAAUCGAGGCGACAUUCUUAAAGUGGAAGUGUACAGGAGUAAGAUUUACUACAUGGCGGCUUCUUAUAGUUACUUUGGAGUGUUCAUGUUGUAUCCUGACUAAGGCAUUGAGCCUUUCAUCUUCAUGCAUUUUUUUUUUGAAAGAAGUGGUCAGUCCUUUUUUUUUUUUUCGAUUUUAUACAUUUCAUACUUAACCUGUUAGCCUCUCGUUAGUGGAAAGUCAAGUUCGUUGCACUCGCUUUGAGUGUAUUUACACCAUGGGUAAAAUUAAAACGAAAAGGAAAUCAGAACGAAAGCCACGCGCAUGACCGGUGCAAGUUAACUUUGGGACUGAUCAUUAUUUAUCGCCUAGGGGGGAGGGGUCGAAGUAUUUGGUUGAGUCACAAUAAAAUUUACUUGUUACCCCCAUAAGGCUCUGUAGUAUUCAAAUGAUUCUCCUCAAGUGGCGGUCAAUAUUUUACUGUCCCCCCCCCAUAUAAAAUCUGUUAGAGACGUCUGAUCCCCUCAUCUCCCCUGAGAACCAUGUGAUCCUCAAAACUCCCCUGACCUCUCUCCCCCCCCCUUGAUAAUGAAUAAUGACUAGUCCCUCAUUAGCAACGACCGCUUCUCUAUCAUAAUGCAGGAACCGCGCUGUGGAAGGACUGGGGGGGGGGGGGCCUUAGCAUCCCCCCUUUUUUUUUUAAAACUUGUCCUCCCGAGCGUGCCCUAAUCCCCCUGCCUUCUCGGCUGAAGCUUAUGAGUUCGUCUUUGAUCCUUCCACACUUAAAAUUUGCUGCACGGACCUUGUUUUGUAGGUUCUUAGAUAUAUCACAGCUCGCAGAAAAUUUUCUUUUCAUUAUUUUACGAUAAUUUCAGUCAUUUUCACAAUUUUUUGGUAAUGUUUAUCAUGUUAACUAGAUAUAGAAAUCCAAAUUUUGAUCCUGUGAACAGUUACCCUUCCUGUAGACGUUAGCGUACAGACAAAUUGUAAAUCGUUAAAAUGUUAGCCUUCACGGCCAAAGAGACCUUACAAAUUAGGGUGUUCUUCGAAAUUAUAUUAGUCUUAGUCUUAGUCAUCAUUUAUGGAUUUAAUUAUAAUAAAAGAAAGGCGACUUUAUUUUCGGUAUCCGAAUAGUGCUUAAAUGAUUUUUCGGUAAAUCAGGCUCAAAUCAUGUGGAAAGUAGUUUGACGCAUAAUUGUUUCCAUUUUGGCUGGUUUAAAUCAAAUAGUUAGUCAAGUUAACCACAGUAAGUCAUCAAACGCGCUUUACUUUGCUUUUUAUACUGUUUUUGUGUAUGGAGUUGUAAAAAUUCAUAUUUCUAAUAAAAAUAGAUCUGCCUACCAAUGUUUGGCG